ACGAUUCAUCCAUCCAACCGGAUGUGGAGCGUGUGUUGUGUCAACCGUGAACCCUUGUGGUGCCUCUUCACUUCCUUUUCAUUUCCGGCGUUGUGGGUUCUAAAAUGUCGCUGGUUAUCCCAGACAAGUUUCAGCACAUUUUGCGUGUCCUGAACACGAAUAUUGAUGGACGGCGUAAGGUGAUGUUCGCCCUUACCGCGAUCAAGGGUGUCGGACGACGCUUCUCAAACAUGGUGUGCAAAAAAGCUGACGUGGACCUGAAUAAGAGGGCGGGUGAACUUUCGGAGGAGGAGGUUGAGAAACUGAUAACUAUUAUGUCGAACCCACGCCAGUACAAGAUUCCAGACUGGUUUCUUAACCGUCAAAAGGACAUAAAAGAUGGCAAGUACAGCCAAGUGACUUCAAACGCACUGGAGAACAAGCUCAGAGAGGAUCUUGAGCGGCUGAAGAAGAUCCGAGCUCACAGAGGUCUGCGACACUUCUGGGGCCUCCGUGUUCGUGGCCAGCAUACGAAGACCACUGGCAGAAGGGGCAGGACUGUUGGUGUCUCCAAAAAGAAGAACUGAGAAAGUCAAUAAAUGCAUAGUUCAAAGCA